AUGGACUUCGCCAGUGACGACCUCAUCCGCCAAGUCUCCAACACCCUAAACGGCCUCACAAACCCACCCAUCACAGAAACAACAGUCGAACGAGUCCUGAACAAAGUGUCCCACGCCAUGCAAACCUCCCCCUGGUCCUUUGCCCACACCAGCACAACGCCGGAAAAGCGGACGAGGAAGCUCGUGCAAGACACUCUGGACAACGACAUCACGCGCAACAGCCUCCACGGCGGUCUACGCCACGCCCGCCACACCUUCCUCGUCAUCUGCGCGUAUGCCAAAAUCUCCCUCUCCACCAGUCUGGCCGAGCAAAUGCUCAAGUUUGUCAACGCCAAGAAACUGGACAUUGAGCUGUACGAGGAGGAGCGGUACAUGCAGGAAUGGAAAUUAGGCCUCCGCGCUCUAUCCAAACUCUCCCUCGUCGAUCAACAUGCGCUUGGCAAUAAUGUCUUUGACCCUUGGCUCCCUUCGCCUCCGUUGUUUCCCCUUGUACUGGCCGCACCGCCAUCAUCGUCACCCCCCCACAACCCCUUUGACACCUACCCGCACCGCAACCGCAGUCACGCUUCUCCCCUUGUACUCGCGACGCCGUCGCAUCUGCGCCCGUGCUCGCUGGGCCACCGACGCAAUCACGGCUUGCAGCUUGCGCUGCCGCGGUUUGCAAACCCGGGCUGGAGUAGUCCGGUGUUGUCGCCCGGCCCGUAUUACGAUGAGGUGGGGCAGUUGCAGUGGAGGCAGGAGGAGAUGAAUUGGAAGUUGGAGGGGAUUGAUCAGAAGUUGGAUCGGUUGGCGGGGUGGUAG